AUGGCCGGAGUCGGGAAAGCGGCGGCGGUGACUGGGACGGCGGUAAAGCCCAUCUUCAGCCGGGACCUGAACGAGGCCAAACGGCGCGUGCGAGAACUGUACCGCGCUUGGUUCCGAGAAAUCCCAAAUGCAGUGCACCUCUACCAGCUGGACAUCACAACGAAACAGGGGCGUGAUAAGGUCCGGGAGAUGUUUCUGAAGAACGCCCAUGUCACAGACCCCAGAGUCAUUGAUUUGCUAGUUAUUAAGGGGAAAAUGGAACUCCAGGAGACUAUUCAUGUAUGGAAACAGCGGACUCACAUCAUGAGGUACUUCCAUGAGACAGAAACACCACAGCCCAAGGAUUUUCUCUCCAAGUUUUAUGCAGGUCAUGAUCCUUGAGCCAAACAGACUUUGUGGAGCUAUAACUCUGUAUUUUCAGUUGCUUUUGAUGCAAAUAAAGCACUGAAUACUGAAGAGCCCUUCAGAAGGAAAGUAUCCGACAAA